AUGAAAUUGCAAAAGAUUAUCAGUGCUGUACUGUCUGCACUGUUGGUAAUUGUUUUUCUGCUGUACAUUUUCAUGGCAAUUAACAUUCCACAAAUUACUUGUUGGCUGUUACUCCACACUAUCGGAAGAGUACAUCCAAGAAUUGCCAGAUUCAUCAAGGUAUUGAAUUUGAGCGUGAGUGGAUUGGGUUUCUAUUGGUUUGUCUUUUUCAUAGAGGUUUAUGCUGGUUGUGAGUUGGAAUUUUCAGGAGAUGAAAUUAAAGAGAAGGAGAGUGCACUUGUCAUGUGUAAUCAUGUGAGUAAUGUUGAUUUCCUAGUGUUGGCAUGUAUUGCCUAUAGAAAGGGAUUGUUGGGAUUUUUGAAAUUCUUGGCAAAGAAGGAUUUACUCAUCAUUCCAUUCCUUGGUUUUCCUGGGUUAAUUUUAGGAAAACAAAUUGUUUUGGAUAGAAAUUGGCAAAAAGACCAACAAUCUAUUGCAGAUUCAGUGAAUUCUGUAAUGAAGGAUAAUAUUCCAAGCUAUGUCUUGAUUUUCCCUGAAGGAACACGUAUCACCCAAAAUAAUAUUACCAAAUCAAAUGAAUUUGCCAGAGAGAGAAAAUUGAGGGAAUUAAAUCAAGUUGUCCUUCCAAGAGUGAAAGGACUUGGAAUGAUGAUUAAGGCAAUUACCACUCAGCAGGAAAAUGCAAAUAUUGAUCUAUCUGUGGAAAAGGACAAUGGAAUUAAAUAUAUUUAUGACGUGACAAUUGGAUAUCCACCAACUAGGGAAUACAUUGAAUCGUGUAGAAAAGAGGCAGUGAAUGACAAGAAAGUUGCUUCCUCAAUCGUCAAUAAGGCAUUCCCUGUUUUGGGAGCUCCUGAAUUAUUGAUGAAACGUCUGAAAGGAACCAAGAUUUGUGUCAAUAUCAAAAAGAUUCCAAUCAACACCGUUCCACAUCAUGAUGAGAAACAAUUCAAUGAAUGGUGCUAUGAACGCUUCUACAGAAAAGAAGACAUGCUCUCACAAUUACAAACUGAUGCCAAGGAAAAUCUCAAGAAAUUGGAAAGCAAAAACUCCACUUCAACUAGUACCAAUGAUUUAAAUCCAAUCACAGUCUACCCCCAACAAGAAUUAUCCAAGUUAUACUCCUUCAGAAAUGAAAAGAUCCUUAAUGAACCCUUCCGAUUCGUUCCUUGGUGGUAA